AUGUCCAGCUCUCCCGUGGAAGGGCGUGUGGCGCCGUCUGAGCUCCCCUUCGACCGAAAGCCCCGGCCGUCGACGGAAGGUGUGGCCCCCCGCCCCCGCCAGAGGCUGAGCCUCCAGCCAACUGGCACACGUCCGCUCCCCGCCAGAUCCCCGGCUUCCAACCCUCGCCCCUUGUCCUCCGCCCCCGGCCGAGAGGGCCGGUUCCAAAGCCGUGCCCGCCGAGGCCUCCCUCCAGGUCGCCGGCACUUCACCGUUUCCAUGGUCGCUGAGCCAACUGGCUAG